AUGGAUCCGCUCUGUAAUCUCGCUUGCCGCUGAGGUCCCCCCACGUUCUGUUUGCUGAUUAAGCCAAGCUGUGUUCGGCUUUCACUGUUCUUCUCUGAUUCCUCCAUUAUGCUCUGUUUUAUCACCUCUGGUAUGGAUCCAUUGGACUGAUGCGUUCGUGAUUUUUUCUGUUUUGCGUCGUGAAGGGAGGCUGCAGGAAGGGGAGCGACCUGGCCGUCACGGUCAUCUGGAAGUCCCAGAGGCGUAGGAGGAUCCGAUUGACGACAUGAUGGAGAAUGACUCUGGCUCUGUUGAUGUUGUUGAGGUGGUGGAAAGGGAAGAGAAUGAAAGAGAGGAGCUGCCCAUCACCCACUUGGGAUCUGAAGUGGUGAAGGGCGUCGCGAAGAAGACGGAGGAGGUUGCCCUUGCUGUAGUUGAGGACGAAGAGGCUGAGGUUCCCAUACAUCAGCCUCCAGAUUCUGUCUCAGCUACCCCUUUAGUUGUUUCCAUUUCGGAGCCAGUAGCGAGGAGUGUAGAUCCAGUUCAAUCUGAGAUAGGCGAGAAUUUGAGUUCUCCAGGAGAUGCUCCCCCUCUCCAUUCAGAGCCUCCCAUUUCGAAGCCUGAAGAAGGGAGCAACGUGAAUUCCCUUCCAUCUGAUGCUGAGGAGAGUUUGGGUUCUCAUGGAGAUGCUCCCCCUCCCCAGUCAGAGCCUCCCUUUUCGAUGCCUGAAGAAGGGAGCAGCGUGAAUUCCCUUCCAUCUGAGGCUGAGGAGAGUUUGGGUUCUCCUGGAGAUGCUCCCCCUCCCAAUUCAGAGCCUCCCAUUUCGAAACCUGAAGAAGGGAGCAGCGUGAAGUCCCUUCCAUCCGAGGCUGAGGAGAAUUUGGGUUCUCCAACAUAUGCUCCCUCUCCCCCUUCAGAGCCUCAACAGGGAAAUAUCUUGGAUUCUCUUCCAUCUGAGGCAGAUGAGACGGUAGUUUCUUCAGGAGAUGCACCCCCUCCCCCUUCAGAGUUUUCCAUUUCGAAGACUCAACAAGGGGGGGUGUACCCAGUAGAAUCUGAGACAGACCAGGGUGUGGGUACUCUAGGAGACACUCUCCCUCUCCCUCUCCCUUCAGAGAUUCCCAUUUCGAAUCCUCGCCCUGGAAGUGCAAAUCCUACUGAAUCUGAGGCAGAUGAGAGUAUGGGCAUACCAGGGGACACUCCCCCUACCUCCUCUGAUCAUUCCAUUUCUGAGCUUCAUGUGGAGGAUAGAGAUUCUGUUCAAUCUGAGGUACACGGAGAUGCUCUCCCUCGCCCUUCAGGGCUUCCCAUCAUGGAACCCCAACCUGGGACUGAGGAUCCUCUUCCAAUGGAGGCAGAUGAGGACAUGGGUUUACCAGAAGAAGAACAAAUAGAGCAGCUGGAAUUUGACGAACCGUAUCUGCUAUCCACUCCAAUCUCUGAGGAGUUGACUCAAGCUUACAAUGUCCCAUUUGAGAGAAUUGAGAAGGUUGUCAGUGGGGAAGAUGCUGCCCCCAAUCACAGGAAAGAAGAAUCGCCAUCUGUGACAGAUGAUCCUACCAGCGAACAGCCUGACUGCGGGCUCAAGAGCCAUCUUGGUACUGACCGCCACGAGAGUAAAGGAAUUACCGAGGUUUGUAAUUGGUAUUCUGUAAUGCAGAGAUUCUUAAAUGCCAACUCUGAGUUUUUUUUUUUUUUUCUUUUUUGGGUGAUGAAUUUUGACCUGACUGGUUAUCAGACUCAGGUUGCUCGCAUCACUCAUUUGGAGCAUCGAGCUUCAUGGAUUGGCUGCUGUGGGCUUUUGGAUGUAAUUUCGGGUGCAAAUCGAUGA